AUGACUAUCGGACUUAAUGAUAUGAGCGACAGGGCUAGGGCGUACCCCGCAGGCGACGCGCAGGGGCAGCACCCGGCUCCUGUGGGAAGUGGACUAGGGUUGUCGCAUUUAACGGUGCGGAUGCGACGUAAGAAGCUAGCCCGGAGAGAGAGGCAUGUCAGAGCAGGUUGUGAUGAGAGUAUGAAAGAGAGGUUUUGGGAGGAAUUUGAUAGUAUGAUAAUGGGAAUACCAGAUAGUGAAGAGAUUUAUAUUGGUGGUGAUUUUAAUGGACAUGUAGGAAGAGUGAAUGAUGGGUACGAAAGAGUACACGGUGGGUGGGGGUAUGGAAUGCGGAACAGCGAGGGGGAAACCCUUCUACAAGCGGCAGUUGCAUUUGAUCUGGCUGUACUAAACACGUGGUUCCAAAAACGUGACCAACAUCUUAUCACUUAUAAAAGUGGUAACCACGCUACACAGAUUGAUUAUUUCCUGAUAAGACGGAACAGAAUCAACUGUGUCAAAAACUGCAAAGUGCUGCCAGGCGAAGAUUUGGUGUCCCAGCACCGAAUUCUGCUAGCUGACGUUAGUAUUGCUGUUCGCCCCAACAAGAACAAGGUUUGUCCCCCGCCCAAAAUAAAGUGGCAUCUAUUGCAAAAUAAUGAGUAUGCUAGUGAAUUUAGGGAGCAAGUAGUGACCAAAAUGUUAGAGAUGGGUGAAAUGGAAGGAAUGAGUGCGAAUGAAUGUUGGUUAGUAAUGGCUGGCUAUAUUAGAAGUGUGGCAAAGAAUGUAUUUGGGGAAACAAAAGGGAAGCGUAUGAUAGAUAAAGAAGUAUGGUGGUGGAAUGAAAGUGUUCAAGAAGUGUUAAGAGAAAAGAAAAAGGCGUUUAAAGAAUGGCAGAUGGUUGAGGAUGAGAAUGAAACAUUAAAAGAAAGUAAGAAAGAGGUGUAUAAAGAAUGUAAGAAAAGAGCCAAGAGGACAGUUGCAAUUUGUAGGGCGGAGGCGCAGGACAAUCUGUACCGGUCUUUGGAAAGACCUGAAGGUCAGAAACGACUUUACCAAAUUGCAAGGGCUCGAGAAAGGAAUGGAAGAGAUAUUUCGCAUGUUAAAUGUAUAAAAGAUGAUUCUGGGAAGAUUCUGACUGAUGAUGAAAGCAUAAAAGAACGAUGGAAGAAAUAUUUUGAAAAGUUGAUGAAUGAAAAAAAUGAAUGGAAUGGUGUGCUUGAAAAUCCACCAUUGAAUCUGGGCCUUGUUAGGGAGAUUAGUGUGGAAGAAGUGAAAGUGGCUGUAAGAAAUAUGAAGAAUGGAAAAGCCGUGGGCCCGGAUGGAAUACCAGUUGAAGUAUGGAAGUUGUUGAGUGCGGAUGGAUGGAAAUGGCUGAGUGUAUUCUUCGAUCGUCUUGUACGCGUGUUCGAUCCGCUGCUGGAACUACUGACAGCAUCGGUGUGGCUGUGGGUUUGCACCAGGGCUCGGCAUUGA